UCCUUCCCGGCAGCCCCAGCGCCUGACACGGCGCUCCUCAAGAUGGCUGCCGACAGUGAGCCCGAGUCCGAGGUAUUUGAGAUCACGGACUUUACCACUGCCUCGGAAUGGGAAAGGUUUAUCUCCAAAGUUGAAGAAGUCUUGAAUGACUGGAAACUGAUUGGAAACUCUUUGGGAAAGCCGCUUGAAAAGGGUAUAUUUACUUCUGGCACAUGGGAAGAGAAAUCAGAUGAAAUUUCCUUUGCUGAUUUCAAAUUCUCGGUAACUCAUCAUUAUCUUGUACAAGAGUCCACUGAUAAAGAAGGAAAGGAUGAAUUAUUAGAAGAUGUCAUUCCACAAUCUAUGCAAGAUUUGCUGUGUAUGAAUAAUGACUUUCCUCCAAGAGCACAUUGCCUGGUAAGAUGGUAUGGUCUGCGAGAGUUCGUGGUGAUUGCCCCUGCAGCACACAGUGAUGCUGUUCUCAGUGAAUCUAAGUGUAACCUUCUUCUGAGCUCUGUUUCUAUUGCUUUGGGAAACACUGGCUGCCAGGUGCCACUCUUUGUGCAAAUUCAUCACAAAUGGCGAAGAAUGUAUGUGGGAGAAUGUCAAGGUCCCGGUGUCCGAACUGAUUUUGAAAUGGUUCAUCUUCGAAAAGUGCCAAAUCAGUACACUCAUUUAUCAGGUCUGCUGGAUAUCUUCAAAUCAAAGAUUGGAUGUCCAUUAACUCCGUUGCCUCCAGUUAGUAUUGCUAUUCGGUUUACCUAUGUACUUCAGGAUUGGCAGCAGUAUUUUUGGCCCCAGCAACCUCCAGAUAUAGAUGCCCUUGUAGGAGGAGAAGUUGGAGGUCUGGAGUUUGGCAAGUUACCAUUUGGUGCCUGUGAAGAUCCUAUUAGUGAACUCCAUUUAGCUACUGCAUGGCCUCAUCUGACUGAAGGGAUCAUUGUGGAUAAUGAUGUCUAUUCUGAUUUGGAUCCUAUUCAAGCUCCUCAUUGGUCUGUUAGAGUUCGAAAAGCUGAUAAUCCUCAGUGUUUGCUAGGUGAUUUUGUCACUGAAUUUUUUAAAAUUUGCCGUCGAAAGGAAUCAACUGAUGAGAUUCUUGGACGAUCUACAUUUGAGGACGAAGGAAGAGAAAUUGCUGAUAUAACUCAUGCUUUGUCAAAGUUGACAGAGCCAACACCGGUUCCAAUUCAUAAAUUAUCAGUUUCAAAUAUGGUACAUACUGCAAAGAAGAAAAUACGAAAACACAGAGGUGUAGAAGAGUCACCACUGAAUAAUGAUGUCCUCAAUACUAUUCUCCUGGUAACUAAGUGUCCUGUCUUU